AUUGCGAAACCGCAUGUCAGACGCUUAUUUCAAGGGCCCCUCGGCUUACCAGAAACUUAUGGAAAGCGUGAUGAUCAAAUGUUGAUGUUUGGAGAUUCACUUCUUUAAUGCAAAUAUUCUUUUCUUACCACUUUUCCCUUGUAAAUGAUACGUCGAAGGCCCGAUUGAGAAACAACUUUCAUCUGGGGGGCCUGGCACGUUGCCAAGUACUAGAACAUAUAUAUGCCCGCCUUUCUGCCACGCAGGUAUUCGAGCCGGUAUCGAUACUUAUUGGUCGAAAAUAAGCCGGUGAAGAAGCCAAGAACAUGAGAGAAACCGUCAAGAUCUUCCAGAAUCACACCUGCUAUAGCAUGUUGCAAGGUUCCCGGUUCGAGGCUAAACUAAAUGGGUGCCUUAUUUCGAAUUGGCAUAUGAAUGGGUGGAAUCAAGGGAGACCUGGUCUUCAUACUAGGUAUCUCGCGAAUCUGGGGGAAGUGGUUUGGAGGAACCGGCACUGUUCCGCUUCUGGUCCUUGUCGCCGCCUAUAAAAGCGCCAAUUCCGCCAACGGGUGCAGGAAGCGGCUCCUUGUCCAAACGGCCCGUGGACCAUCUACGGUUCAUCUAUGGCUUCUUGACAGGGAGCUAAGAACCAUGAGAAAUUCGGUAAUCUCGUAUAUAGUACACUAGAUGAACACGUGAAAUCGCGUGUAUUAGCAAGUCACUAGGUUGACCGAAGGGAGGACUAUAUGUGAAAACGUAAUUAGAUGCUUCGCUUUACUAUAUUCUGCUGAUGAAAUAGUAGGUUGCUGCCCGGGUGACAACUGACGAUAGCUUCCAGGGCUUGAGACUUCGCAU